UGUUGCUGUUCAUAGGUUGUACUUCCGCUGUCUGGUUUUCUCUUCUCAAUGAAUAGCUAGCUAGUUGUUUAUAUCUUUAUAUCUUUGAAAGAGCAGCAGUAAUAUAAAAUAUUUUGAUAUUACUAGAUGUUGUUAUAUUUAAUAUUUAUAUGUUUUAUUACGUUUUAUUGUAAAUAAUGUGUCCUGUCUUUGGCAGCAUACUGUUUGUUGUCUGGUUAUCAUUGUCUUUGCCAUUAGACGGGUCUGAUCAAUGAAAUAACGCCUUUAAUGUGGGAUAUGGUUGGUUUAUUACACUAGUUCUACGGGGAUUGCUUUUCUGAGCACAUGCGACUAGACGAUACAUCCCUGACGUAAAAAGAAGUGCACCAUCCCAACAAUAAAGUAAAUGAUAAUAUCUACAAUAAGAAUGGAAGAAUAUAACUAUUCACCUUUGACAAUUCCCACAGAUUACCUUCAGCAUUGGUACCAGUCUGCCCAGCAUGUGCAGGCUCUCCAGGCGACCCAGUACCAGCAGAUGGGUAAUGUGGGUUAUUUCAUGGAGAACUCCACAGAGGACAAGGUGAUGACGGAGCUGGCUGUUCACCAGGAACCACCCACCCACCAAGAUCUCUCUGUCCACUGUGAGCCUGCAGUCUGCCAGGAUCCUCCUGUACCUGCCUCAGUGCAAAGAAAGCGGGGAAGACCGUCCAAUAAAAUGGCCAAAUCCGCCGAAAACCAGCAGGAGAAGAUUGACGAGAGCUUCAAGAAGGUCAAGAGGAAAGUUGACCGCUUCAAUGGCAUGUCGGUGGAGGAAGUCAUGGCCAAAACGCUUCCUGAUGUCCUUGCCUACAACCUUGAUAUCUUGAUUGUUGGAAUCAAUCCAGGCCUUAUGUCGGCUUACGUGGGACAUCACUACCCAAAUCCAGGAAAUCAUUUCUGGAAGUGCCUCUUUAUGUCAGGGCUCACUGAUACUCAGCUUAAUUACAUGCAUGACCAGACUCUGCCUGAAAAGUACGGGAUAGGAUUUACAAAUAUGGUGGAGAGAACGACACCAGGAAGCAAAGAUCUUUUAAGCAAAGAAUUUCGAGAAGGAGGCCGACUUUUGGUGGAGAAGCUGCAGAAGUACAAACCUCUAAUAGCUGCCUUCAAUGGGAAAUGUAUUUAUGAAAUAUUCAGCAAGGAGAUUUUUGGCAUCAAACCCAAGAAUCUUGACUUUGGCCUGCAGCCACACAAAGUUCCUGGAACAGAGACGGUUUGCUAUCUGAUGCCAUCCUCUAGUGCCCGCUGUGCCCAGUUCCCACGUGCCCAGGACAAGGUGCACUUCUACAUCAAGCUGAAGGAACUGCGAGACCAGAUCAGGGGUCUGGCCCGGAACCAAGAGGUGCUGGAGACCCAGUACACAUUCAAUCUGAAUAUGGCCAAAGAGGAUGCCAAGAAAAUGGCAAUCAAGGAGGAGCAGUAUGACCCUGGUUAUGAUGCUGUUAAUGCAGCAUUUGGAGAGGAGGAACCACAGUUUGGGCCAAGCUAUGGUCUUGCUGGUUCUAACACAGCUGUCACCACAGACCACUACCAAGAACCUGCGAGUAAUCAGGUUCCAGCUGUCCUGGGCCAAAAUGUGGGCGGUCAGUGGGACAUGGUGGCAUUUCCUCGUCGCCUGUAAGGACGGUCUCAUCAGUCGGUGUCUUUCGGGACACACCACCAGUUUGUGAUAGAAAAGGGGGGGGUCACCCAUAUUGUAUAAACCUUGAUUAGUUGUUGAAAGUGGCUUUUCUCCUUUGACAACCUGCUGUGUACCUCAACAUGCAAACCUAUGAACAAACGCACAAUAAUGAACUUACAUCUGGACUCUGAAUAGUUAUGAAUACUGAGUACUGUUACCAUACUUUUUUCAUAAUAUUUAUUUAUAGGUGCUGGACAAUUUGUGUGUGCAUUUUUUUUUUUUUAUGUAAUGUUAAUGCAUUUUAUACAUUCUUUUGUAUGCCAUUUUAAAAUAAUGAACUUUUGCAGGAAGUGCAAUUUUCACGUUACAUUUUUACACAUUGAAAAAUAAUUGAGCCUACUGUUUUUCACAGUCGCUAUAAAUCAGGGAUUUAUAACAUGAACCAACAGUAACAUGAGCUGUCCAUCAGUAGUUAAUUGAAUUAGUCUUUGGUCUGUGUGGUAGUGCAGGCUGUAAUGUUUGCCAGUGUUUAACACGAAUGCUUUAGCCAGAAAGCAUCCUGCAUGUUUGCCGUCGGUCUCUCAUUGAUGAUAUGGAACUGAGACAUUAUGGGAUGUCUGACAACAGGCUGGGGAAUUCUCUGACCACUGUGACUUGGGUAGCAGUGUGGGGUGUGAUGAUUGUUUUAAUGUGUAAGGUUUAAUCUGUUAAAAGCAACUUGUUGCAAAUAGCAAAA